AUGUCGAAUAAUCCAAUCCCGAUUGUUGAUUUCACUCCGUUCUUAGACAAAUCUGCGAAACAGCAGGCUGCAGAUCAGCUCCUCGGGUCGUUCAAAUCAGCUGGAUUUGUCUACAUCACGAAUUUCGGUAUUCCGGCGGGAGAGGUCCAAGAGAUGUUUGACUGGGAAAAAGAAAUACAAUACUCGGAUUCUGGGGACGAGUUUACCAUUGCACCACCAAGCAUGAAGGAGUCCUUUGAAUGCGGAAGCGAGGAUAACGACUUUAUGCCAAACAUCUGGCUGCCAGAUGGCGUCCUCCCCGGGUUCAAUGAAGCGUGUUUGUCCUUCUUUUGGAAAUGUCACGAAGUGCAUCAGUGA